AGCUGGCAGAUCCGAGCUCGUCGCUCGAACUUCCGCCGCCUCGCCGAGUCGACAACUCGGCCCUCGUUCUCGUCGGUUCAUCGGGAGUCGUUCCAAGUCGCCGUUUGCGGCCGUGCUCGACCGUCAAGUGCGCUCGUGGCGUGGAAUCGGCGGCCAAAUGGAAGACGUGGUGAUUACAAACGUGGACAAAAACGGCGACGAGCUCCCGGAUGCGGACGCGGAAGAGCUGAAGCGGCAGCCGCGCGAGCUGUCGUCCGUUGGCCUCCUGGCCGGGGAGCUGCUGUGGACGCACGGCUGCUACCUGCUGCCGGCGCUGGCGGCCCUCCUGGCGCUGCUCGUCUACUUGGCCAAAAGGAGGAGGACCGGGUCCCAGCCCGCCUCCGCGCCGCAAGAUGCCGAGGCGGUGGUGAGGAGGCAGGAGGCCAUGGAGGCGUCCCGAAGGAGGAUGCAGCAGGAGCAGGACGCCAAGGCGGCCAUAUUCAGGGAGAAACGCAAGCAGCAAGAGGAGGAGAAGAGGAGGCAGAAGAUCGAGGAGUGGGACAGCAUGCGGCAGGGGAAGAGCUUCCACGGAGCGUCCGGACGAUUGCGGAGCCGCGAUGAAGGCGCCGCCCCGUCCGGCACCGCGGCCAAACCCAAGAGCGACAAGAAGCCGCUACGCAGCUCCGAGUACAGUCCUCUGAGCGGCGAGGGCGGCGGCUCGUGCUCGUGGCGCCCCGCCAGGCGGGGUCCGUCUUCGGGCGGAUGAGGUUAGAGGGAGGUCGCGCAAGACCACCGUCGCGCACCCGCACUGGCUGACGCCGGCUUGCAGCUGCCCGGACCGCACGCUGCGGUGAACCCACGUUAUUCAUCAUCAUCAUCAAUUGGAGAAGGGGGGGGGGGCAAUGUGUCAUCUCUUUACUCACACACACAAAAAAAGUCAAACACAGGCACAUUGCUAUCCAAGGAAGACUUCCAGCAAAUCGGGGAGCAGAUAAAUACACGCCAUACAAGUCUGUAUACUGCGUUUACAAAAAAGGGAGUUGGGGGGGGGGGGGGGGUACACCUGAAAAUGUGUGAGCCGAAUGGCGGUAUAAAACAAAUCCUCUCUAAAGUGCGAAAAUGUCCGGGUUCACUGCAGCGUCGGUUGGCAUCCGGCGCGGCUGCCAGCUCGGGAUGACGCCGCACUCGGAAAUGGUUGCCGACCAGCGAGUGAGGCCGAUGAACGUCAGUGUCUGCUGUCUGCCUUUUUCUUCCUUGUUUUGUCACGAUGAGCCUCCACACCCUUACUUCAAGGGGAUGCGCCUUUUUUUCCCCGUCCAAUUUGGGAAGAGUCGCCAGAUGUCACAGGACAGGCAGGACCUGUGAGCAAGUCCCCUUUUCGUAGGCGGGCCUCUCGACUUUCCUCUUUUGCAUUGAAGCAAUAAAACAAAAGCUGCCAACUC